AUGGACACCGCAAAGCUUGUGGUGGGGAAUGACGGGAAGGCCAUUAUGAUCAAGGACGACGUGAAUUCAAAGUGGAAGGAAGAACUGUCCAAACCUCUGAACCUUUCUGAAACUAAAAAGAAGGUGAUCCCAAAGCUGCAUCUCCUUGCUAAAGGAAUGAUUCCCCUCGAGGGGUACUCUCUGAUCACGACUUUUAACCACUACAAUAUCCAGUCCGAGGAGAAGGAGGACCUGAUUGCCCUAAGGGAUGCUAUGUGGUACAACGCUGGACAUCCAGUGAAUGUAUCAUUUAAGAAGGAGUCUGCUUGUAGCAACACUGUUAAGCAUCUUUUGGUCGAGGCAGGCCUUGGGAGUGUUGCAGCAAAACUCCCAUACAUUGAGCCAGAAGUUAGGAAGGCCAAAAGCUACAUAACCGUUUUGGAAACUGUGUCUCCAAUCAUUAAAAGGGUUGGGAGGCCAAUAGAGGUAGUUACUGUCAACAAUCCGCCUAUUCAUCUUAGGAGCUUAGAUAGUAGGGAGAAUGUGUUGAACAGUAUCAAACACUGGUGUACGCGAAACGCAGGCAAUGUAGCUUUUUGUUUUGGGUUCUACAUGGCCAUGGUGGAGAACGGUGACCAGUUUGAAGGUGCGAGAAAUCUAGAGACAUCCUACUCCCUCAAGGCACUCAAGGAGACCUACAUUGGCUCCUACUGCGUAGAGACAUAG